UAAUUAAUUUAAAAUCAACAUUAGUUAGGCAAGUUUUUAAUACCAUAAAUAUUAUUUGGACUUAAAUCAAUCAACUAAAAAAUAAAUUUUUUGGCCCCACUGAGUUGACUGGGUCCCACAAAUGGCUGUCCUUUUCAUACCUUCCUCCUCGGUAUUCGCAUUCUCACAAUCUCCUCCGCGAUUCCUCUCUGUCCACCAUUUUCAAGUUCAAAGAUCAGACCGCUCUCUCUCUCUCUCUUUUCACACACCGACACACUCAACCAGGAAAAUACGAAGAAGAAGAAAAUGAAGAACAACGUGAACACGAAGCUCAUACUUCUACACCCUUCAAUCCACAAAUCAAAUGGAGGAGGAGGUCUCUCUUCACACCGUCUCUGGUUCUUCUUUCUCAUCAUAUUUUUCACAUUAGCCUUCGCUGUCACUCUGUUUACCACUUCAAUCCCAAUCUCCCCCACUACUUCCUCCGCCGAAAGAGCUUCCCUUUCCACCCCUCUACCUCCCUCCGUCGCAGCCGCACUUCUGCACUACGCCGCCACUGUCAACGCCACCGACAGGAUGACGGCCGCGGAGCUUUCCGUUAUUGCUGGAGUCAUCCACCGUUGCUCGCCCUGCAAUUUGCUAGCUUUUGGACUCACUCACGAGAGUCUUCUAUGGAAAUCGUUGAAUUUCCAUGGACGCACGAUCUUCCUCGACGAGAACGAGUACUGGGUCUCGAAGUUCGAGCGAGAGCAUCCGGGAAUUGAGGCCUACGAUGUUCAAUACACCACCAAAGUUCGCGAGAUGCCGGAGCUUCUUUUGAUUGCGAGAUCACAAGUGAAAACGGAGUGCAGACCCGUACAGAACCUCUUGUUCUCGGAUUGCAAAGUGGGGAUCAACGAUUUGCCGAAUCACAUAUACGACGUCGCUUGGAAUGUGAUUGUGGUGGACGGGCCAAGUGGGUUUUCCCCGAAGUCGCCGGGAAGAAUGUCGGCGAUAUUCACGGCGGGAGUUCUGGCUAGGAGCAAGAAGGGUGGGCACAAGACGACGCAUGUGUUUGUGCACGAUUUUGGUAGAGAAGUGGAGAGAGUCUGCAGUGAAGAGUUCCUGUGCGAGGAAAAUUGGGUGGAGACUGUAGAUUCAUUGGGGCAUUUUGUGCUGAAAAGAAUGGUGGAGCGUAAUAGUUUUCAAUUUUGUAAGAAUACGACGUCGUUACAUUCAUUGUCAUCAUCUAUACGCAAUGAAGAUGAGGAUGAUGAGUGAGUUGGGUCAUAAUUUUUUCUCCUUUUUAAAUAUUUUUUUUAUAGAUAAGGAGAAAAUCAAUGUAUAUACAUUUUCAGAAACCAUGAAAAAUUGGCUUGAAUCAA